UUUAUCGAAGUCCAGUAGCGGAAAAUUUUGGAUUCUAACAUCUUCUAACUUAAUGCAGCUGUGGCCAUACUUCUGGGUUUUCAGCACUAUGUGGUAAUGCUUGGGACUACUGUUAUCAUUCCCUCAAGCAUCGUUCCUCAGAUGGGUGGUGGCUAUCGAGAGAAGGCUGAAGUGAUACAAACUUUGCUAUUUGUUUCGGGAGUGAACACUUUAUUACAGACUUUGUUUGGAACUCGGCUUCCAGUGGUGAUAGGGGCUUCGUACACAUUUGUUUUUCCUAUACUUUCUGUUGUGUUAGCUGAUAGGUAUAGCGUAUAUGUCGAUCCUCAUGAUAGGUUUAAAAGUUCUAUGCGAGGAAUACAAGGAGCUCUCAUGAUUGCAUCCAUUCUCCCUAUAUUAGCUGGUUUUCUGGGUGUCUGGAGAAUCUUUGUGAGGUUACUCUCUCCUCUUUCUUCGGUUCCCCUUAUUACGCUAGUUGGUCUUGGGCUCUAUACGCAUGGUUUCCCACAGCUGGCGCAUUGUGUCGAGAUUGGGCUUCCAGAGUUGAUUGUACUAAUUAUUUUAGCUGAGUAUAUUCCUCAUUGGUUUAAAACCAAAGGAGCCAUAUAUGAGCGUUUUUUCGAACGAUAUGCAGUCCUCUUAUCGAUAGCAAUUAUAUGGCCAUAUGCAGCACUUCUGACUGCAGCAGGUGCAUAUACAAAUAGACCCCCAAAUACUCAGUCUAGUUGCCGUGUUGACCGCUCUCGGCUCAUUGAAGGCGCUUCUUGGAUAAGGUUUCCACAUCUAUGGCAAUGGGGGACUCCCACUGUAAAUGCUACGGAUGCUUUUAUAAUGAUUGCUGCAGCUAUGAUUGCUCUUGUUGAGUCUACCGGCACAUUUAAAGCAGCAUCAAGAUAUGGGAGUGCCACACCUCCACCGCCUUCUGUUCUCAGCCGUGGUGCAGGGUGGCUGGGAAUCGGAUUUUUGCUGGAUGGUUUGUUUGGUGCUGCAAGUGGUUCCACUGCAUCAGUUGAAAAUGUAGGUCUUUUGGCACUAACACGAGUUGGAAGCCGAAGAGUGAUUCAAAUAUCAGCAGUAUUCAUGCUUUUCUUUUCUGUAUUAGGAAAAUUUGGGGCUAUUCUAGCUUCUAUACCAUUGCCAAUUUUUGGAGCUAUGUACUGCAUCUUGUUUGCCUACAUGUCUUCUGCUGGUCUUGGUUUGCUUCAAUUCUGCAACCUCAACAGCUUCAGAACAAAAUUCAUAAUUGGUUUUUCAAUCUUCAUGGGUCUGUCAGUGCCACAGUACUUCAAUGAGUACGUGGUAACUUCUGGCCGCGGUCCUGUUCACUCUGGUUCAGCAUGGUUGAACAAAACUAUGCAAGUGGUUUUCACAUCCCCGGCCACAGUGGCAGCUAUAAUCGCUGUGUUCUUGGACCGCACUGUUGCUCAUAAGCAUAGCUCAACUCGAGCAGACAGUGGCAGGCACUGGUGGGAGAAGUUCAGGUAUUUCGCUACGGAUCCCAGGACCAAAGAAUUUUAUUCGCUACCUGGGGGCCUUACAAAGUACUUCCCAUCUAUCUAGCAUCUGGAGUUCUUUUUGUUGAAAAAAACAGAAGAUAUUACUAAAAUUCAUUCUUCCAUUGAACUCUCAAUACCAGGAAGAAAAUCAAGAAAUGAAAAGUAUAUCGACAUAUACAUAUAGGAGUGGAGAGAGUGAGAAACCUACUUGAUCUUGGAUACAAAUUCUGUGUAUUGACAACCUUUUAAGAUACGGUGGUCUAAAAUGAGUUCUCAACUUCUGAUGAUAGUAAUUAGGUUUUCUAUGUAAACGAUGAAGUUCUGGACAAAGUUAUAUGAAUGAAUUUAAUGCUGUGUAUCAUUCUAUUUGGUGAUAUUGUUCCAAUUUUCUUUUGUAAUAGGUUUUAUGCUUUCAAAUGCUCUAAAUCACAAGUGGGGUUUGGUCAUUGUAAGUGUGUCCGGAUGAUGGAAUUUGGAAUGCUAUGUUUAAGUGAAUGAAACAGAAGUUAAUAACAUUACCUGA